AUGAAUGUUAGAGGCCAGGAAACCCCUGUGAAAGUGGUCUUUCGCCUGGCUUGGAUGGAUUGGCAGUGCAACAGAUUAGUCUGCUAUUUGCCCGAAGAUGCCUUGGAGCAGAGGCUGUGGGAGGGACAAGGCAAUGCUGGAGACUCGGUCAUCCCCCCGCACUGUGCUGACAAAGAACAACGGAAAACUUGGGACUUGCUGGAUGAAGAGAAGGAAAACUGGUACCAGGGUGGGAGGAAGGAGAAAGGGUUUGGCAGCCAGGCAGAUGAAGGGGUGGUGGGAGCAGAAGCUGUGGUGGACAUGGUGAUGUGGUGGCGCCAGGGCACGUGUGGAGAGGAGGUUUUCAGGGAAAAGAAAGGAUUCCAGGACUUUCUGUGUUACUUGGAAGAUGUAGCUUCAAAAGGUGCCUGGCUGAAUCGGUCGAGUAUCAUUUUUGCUGGAAGUGAUAAGUGGUCAGUAGAUCCUCGAGUUUCAAUCGCAACAGCAAAUAGAAGAGAAUAUAGCCUGCAGAUACAGGACGUAGAUGUGACAGAUGAUGGUCCAUACACUUGUUCUGUGCAAACUCAACACACUCCUAGAACGAUGCAGGUGCACUUAACUGUACAAGUUUCUCCGAAGAUAUUUCGCAUUUCGAGUGACAUCGUUGUGAACGAAGGAAGCAAUGUUACUCUGGUGUGCCUGGCCACAGGGAAGCCAGAGCCUUCCAUUUCUUGGAGACACAUCUCUCCAUCUGCAAAACCAUUUGAGAGCGGACAGUACCUGGACAUCUAUGGAAUUACAAGAGACCAGUCUGGGGAAUAUGAAUGCAGUGCAGAAAAUGAUGUCUCAGUCCCAGAUGUGAAAAAAGUAAAAGUCACAGUAAACUUUGCCCCCACAAUUCAGGAACUUAAAUCCAGCGGUGUGAUGCUUGGAGGGAAUGGACUGAUACGGUGCGAAGGUGCAGGAGUUCCUGCCCCGGUCUUUGAGUGGUACAAAGGAGAGAGGAAACUGAUCAAUGGUCAACAAGGAAUUACUAUUAAAAAUUAUAGUACAAGAUCACUUCUUACUGUUACCAAUGUGACAGAAGAGCAUUUUGGCAACUAUACAUGUGUCGCUGCCAACAAGCUAGGGACGACCAAUGCCAGCCUGCCUCUCAACCCUCCCAGUACAGCCCAGUAUGGGAUCACCGGUGAUGCCGAAGUCCUCUUCUCCUGCUGGUACCUUGUGUUGACACUGUCCUCCCUCACCAGCAUAUUCUACCUGAAGAACAUCAUUCUGCACUAAGUGUAAAGACCCAUAAAAGGCUUUUAAGGAUUCUCUGAAAGUGCUGAUGACUGGAUCCAAUCUGGUAGAGUUUGUUAAAAGCAGCGUGGGAUAUAAUCAGCCGUGCUUACAUGGGGAUGAUCGCCUUCUGUAGAAUUGCUCAUUAUGUAAAUACUUUAAUUCUACUCCUUUUUUUUGAUUAGCUGCAUUACCUUGUGAAGCAGUACACAUUGUCCUUUUUUAAGACGUGAAAGCUCUGAAAUUACUUUUAGAGGAUAUUAAUUGUGAUUUCAUGUUUGUAAUCUACAAGUUUUCAAAAGCAUUCAGUCAUGGUCUGCUGAGUUGCAGACUGUAGUUUACAAAAAAAAAUAUUGCAGUAAAAAUGUGCUUCUUUAAGGCUGCAAUACAAAUAUUCAGUUCCCUUCUUAAAUAGCAUUCUAUCCACAUUUACACAGAAACAUUUUCUUUUUUGAUAAAAAAAAAAUUAAAUAAUAUUGCCUUCAAAAUAUUUCUUCAAAAUAUUACACAUAUCUAGAUUUUCUUCUAGCAUGAUAUUCAGGUUUCAAGAAUGAGCCUUGUAUUAUAACUGCAUUGUGCAGUACUGCUUUCUGUUUUCUUUCCUUUUUCCUGCAAAUUCAGCAUGGGUGUGCCUUCAUAAAACACUACUUUCCUCUUCCUCUCCAACAAAGGUAGAAUGUGUUUUGGGAAAUGCUAAAGCAUCCUUUUGAGCAUAAUAAAUCUCCAGCUGAGGACAAAGGUGCUAUUGGCUAAAAGGAAAACCUCCUCUCCCAUCUCCAGGGGGUCAUCGAACUGCUUCAGACUUAACGUUUUUAGGCAAUCAGUCAAGGAUAGCACCAACUCCUUUUUAUGUUUUCCAUCUACCACCACUAACCAGUAGGCGAUCUCUGUAAAAACUAGUUUUCCCAUUACAAAACAGAACGCAAAUUAUUUUGAGACAUCUUUUGAAUGUAGGAACGUUUCCCUUAGUCAUUCUAAAUCAAGAUUCCUAAAUGGCUGUAAAUGUGAGAAGCUGAAUAGUCCCUUUUGUAUUACUGGCAAAAACUAUGUGAAUUGGUAUUUUUCUUGCACUUAAUUUUGUACUGGUUUGGCUAAUUUAGCAAUGAUAAAGGAUGCUUUUAAAUAUUAGAUAUCUGAAAAUA